AUGGUUAGAAGGAGAAAUUAUGAAUCUUGGAUCAUUUCCCUAGUGGUGCUGGGCACUUUCAUACUAUUUCACAUGUACUAUCCUUCCUUGGAUGGAUCCAGUCCCUCUCUGACUGCAACAAGACGACCUACCGGAUCUGUUAGGCAAUCGUCGAAAACUCUAAACGUACAGAAUCCGCUAUUAGUAAAUCGGUUUCAUAAUAAAGAUGCAUCUUUAUCUCCACCAUACUUAGAUAAGGUGAAUAAGUAUUGGCAUGUAAAGGGUUCUACGGUCAUCAAGAAUUGGGACGAAAUCAGGCUUACUAGUGGUGGAGAAAAGAAUCGAUGGGGCGUAUUGCUUUCGAAUGGUAUGGGAGACAAUGUUAUUGACAAUUUUGAGGUGGUUGUUGACUUCAGUUUGGAUGCUACAGGUACAGAGAAAGCCCGCGGGGCGGGUAUGGUUAUCCUUGUAACUUCCCAUCACGAGUAUAUGACGAAGCGUUUGCAUUCUGGGUAUGCUAGACAGCAGUUCCAACUGAGUACUGCAUUAGAAAUCGAAAAUCAUGAUUUAAUGGGGUUUCCACGUAAUAUGCCAGGACUUGCGAUUGUAAUAGAUACUUUCAAAGACGAUCCUGGUUCGAGGGCGCAGCCGCCGAACCUUAAGCUUUUCCUUAAUGACAAUGUGAGAGAGCAGUAUUACGAUUUGGCUAGCGAUGGUGAGAGGUCGACUUCUAAGAAUUUGAUAACAGCCCCAAUGCCAACCGAAGAGAUCAGACACCGAAUACGUAUAAUAUACUUGGAAUGUAUAGGGUACUUGAAGGUUGAUAUUGACUAUGGAGCCAAAGAUCGGUGGAAAGAGAUUUUCAGACAGGAAAAGAAUCUUAAACUUCCGAAGAAUGCUCGUAACGGGCAGCGCUACAUUGGUGUAGGAGCACUUAAUGGGGAACACAGUCAGAAUGUGAAGUUACAUAACGUGGAUACAUCAGAAUAUCAGUGGGUGAAAGGCGAAAAUGACCGUCAAUUAGAGAACUCUUUCAGUUACGCAAAGGAAAUAACCAGGUUUUUGAAUUGGGAACUAGGUGAGCAUAUCAAAAUGGAGGAGGACGACUACGCUAAGUGGGCUGAAAUUAAAUCUGCUCUUGCAGAUGAGUCAUUUAUUGGUGUUGAGUAUAUCGAACCUUCGAUUGGUGCUAAGAUUGGUGCAUUUUUAAAGACAUCUCUUAUUUGGUGCAUCUUGGCAGUGGGAGUGUACCUAAUGACUAAAUACCUUAAGGCAGUUUUGCGAAAGAAGGGAAUUAUUAAAAGAAAAUCCAGUGAUCGUGACCUCAAUAUGGGGUUGCUUGGUUAA